ACAGAAGACAGUUUCUCUGUUACAGUCUGUUCAGUUUUUUAACUGAAUUUUGGCUUACAGAGCUACCUUAAAGCACAAAAGGAGUCGAAAAGGUCAAAUGUUACCGUGACCAUGAUGUACCUGGGACAGGGGGUUCCUGGAAACACUCCAGAUGAGAUGAAAGUACUUCAGCAGAUCUGUGGAGGAGAAAACAUCUGUGUGUUUAAAGGAUUUGUCCAACCUGGAGAGCAAUUUCAGUUUACAUCUCAAAGACAUCUGGGUUACCCCUUCAGCGCUUCCAUCUUUGUGAAUGGGAUGAUGGCAGCCAGGAUCAGUUCGUGUUGCGAGUAUCGAUACGGCCCGGGCUUUCAGCAGGGCCGAGGGGGCUGCUUCAGAUUGACCCGUCUGAACGGAGGAAAACCCUGCUACAAAUGUGUGAAUUCAAGGCACGGUAUUGGCAUUUCAGCGAUCAAUAGUCCAGCUCCAACCUUUCGGCGAGACAUCAAUUCUAAUGAAGGUGCGGAGUCCUGUUCAUCCCCUUUAUUUAUGCCCCUUGGAAUGAAAAGAUCUGUGCAGAAAACCAGAAAGCCGCCUAAGGAUGGAGGCGUUUUGUCAACAGACAGUGAAGAUCUAAAUGGCAGUGUGAAAGAAAAACGGCAACGCAAACGGCAUAAAGGACGUCAGCGAACGGAUGACAAAGAAUUGGAGGAAGGUUCAAAAACAAUGAAAGAAGCGAAUAAAUUUCAAGUCGGCACUACCAAACAACAGCUGCAAACAUCAGCAACCAAACACAUGGAUGGCAAAGAUAAUUUCAUAGCCGAAAAUAAAACGAACGUGCCAGAUUCAUUGCAGGAAGUAAAAACUCCGAAUAAGCACAAUGCGAAAAAACCGACAGAUCCUCUGACAUCGAAUGGAAAAAGCAGAAACGAGGGAAGACUGAGGGACUUCUAUGAAGAAUGUGUUGAAAUGAGCACUGGUCUGGAGUCAGGCCUAGACCAACAGAGGUGGUUCAAAGCAAACAAGAUCGAGAGGAACCGAAUUAAAAAUCAGCUGAGUUCAGGACCCUGUGCUAUUGGCUCGGCAUCAGAGGUGGAGCUUAGUGAUGAAAGUGACACCGGUGAACCCCAUGCAAGACAAAAGGCCCCUAAAAUAAAUAACAAGCAAGGCACUGAAAACGAGACAGAACAAGACUUACAAAAACAGAUGGAUGCCAUUACGGAAGUGCUGAACAAUUCUGAUGAGGUGGAGCAACUGAUCCUGAGAAACACUGGACUGACAGAUGAUCUGCUCGAGGGCCUGGCAGCAGCACUCAAGAGAAGCCCGUCGGAGGUCACGGUCAUUAACCUGAACCUGAACCACAUCGGACCACCUGGCGUUCAUGUUUUACUGGACCUCCUGAGGGCCAAACCACACAUCAAAGAACUACUAUUAUUUGGAAACCAGCUUGGUGAUCUUGGAGUGCAAAACCUUCUUAGUGGAUUGGCUGAACUUCAAGAUUCAACAGUAAUGCUGCAUGGAAACUCCGAACGGCUCGACUUCUCUGCGGUGAGCUUUGCGAUCAAAGAGUUAGAUUUGGGUGGAAAUGGGAUCGGAAGCGAUGGCCUGAGGGUGCUGGCCACUUUCAUGAGAUAUCACUCCAAGCUUCAGUAUCUGGGCCUGGCACAAACAUCGUGCUCAGACAUGGAGGCUUGGAUGGCCUUGUUUGAAAGCCUAAAAACGAACGCUGAACUCACACACAUCAUAUUGGAUGAAAGCAACCUUGGAGACGACGGCGUCAAGCUGUUUGCCGAGUCACUGAAAUCUAAUGAGGCUCUGAAGAAGGUGGAGUUGGACGAUAAUGGGUUUGGCGACAUUGGAGGAAAUUAUCUUCUGGAGGCUCUGAGCUCUCGGGGAAAGUGUCCUCUCGAACACCUCAGCUUGGAAGGGAAUUACGUCAGCACGGCACUCAUGACCAAAAUACAGCAGGAGGUUGAAUCUAAGAGAUCAGCUCCUGAUGGGUGAACUAAGUGCGUCAUCCAUUAACGUGCACAGUACUUUCCAAGUCGCGUCUUCGGCCGUACUUCCUGUGCUCAGGUGGCUUCCAAUAGCUGCAAAUGAAUCGCUUUAUUCAGCGAUCCAUCUAGUUGGGAGUUUAACAAAAUAGUGGAGGCAAAACUUCAGAAGUAUUUGCUUGGGCUCUUGACCGGGUCUUUAAACCACAAGCCAACAGAUUCUCCCACUCAUGUCUUUGAAGUCAGUGAAUUGUCCGUGUAUCUGCUGUAAGGCGAGAUUUUAUUUCAGGGUAGUUUGAGAUUCUGAGACAUCAUUAAUGAUGUAUGAAGUGUAAAAUGAGCUAAACUUUUGUCUUUAUAACCAUUGAGAUCUCAGUGGUUUAAUGCAUUUGACUAAGCUAUGCUGCAAAUUAUGUCAACCGACCCAAAAUUCAUAUUCAAUUCCUCAUUCCUGAUUUUUUGUUGUAUUAAAGAUUAUUUUAAUUGAUCACUAUAAUUUAAAAGUAAAUAUUUUUGAUACAGUACUUUAUAUGCCAAAGCUGACAUCAGAAUAUUAAAGUAAUAUAUUAUUAACUCAUUCCCCUCCAGCCUUUUUUGAAACGUU